GCUCCAAGCCGGGCGCGCGGAGCCCGGGGCGCACGGAGCGGCGCGCGCCGGUGGCCGAGCCAGGCUGGCGCCCGCGCCCCCACCGCACCACCGCCGUCACCCGCCGCGCAGCCCGCGGGGCACCCUUCCCGCUUCACCGACUCCGGCCCCGGGGCCUCCGGCCGUGGUGCUGCCGUCCUCCGUCCCGCCGUCCCUCCCCGUCCAGCUCGGGCCGCCGGGCUCUCGCAGGCCCCACCGCCCGCGUUCCUAUGGACAGACGCACAGACACCUGCAGGAAAGACACUGCUGAUCCUGUAACAUGGAGGAUUGUCUUCAUACCUCAUCUGAGAAUCUGUCCAAACUGGUCAGCUGGGCCCACAGCCAUGGGACCAUUUGCAGCCUCAUUCCAAACCUGAAACACUUGCUGUCUGAAGGUUCCCAUGGGAACCUGACUGCAAUGUGGGGCUGCAGUGCUGGCCAUGCAUACCACUGGCCACUAACAGCUACUUGCAGAGCUGGGUCCCAAGAGAGGGUUUGUUUCCAGGACAACCGAAGUUUUAAUUCUGAUAGUCCCAGUAUAAUUGGGGUGCCUUCUGAGACACAGACUAGCCCUGUGGAAAGGUACCCUGGGAGACCUGUGAAGGCAAAGCUGGACUGUAACCGGACCAGAGACUCUUGUGACUUCUCUUACUGCAGUGAGCCCUCUGAACUGGAUGAAGCUGGCGAGGAGUAUGAGGACGAAAACACACUGUUUGACAUGGUUUGCGAGUCUUCUGUUACAGAUGAGGACAGUGACUUUGAACCCCAAACCCAGAGGCCUCAAAGCAUUGGUCGCAAAAGGCCAGGAAUAGUCCCGUCUUCCAUCCAUUCAAGUUCCCAGGGACAGAUGGUCGAUGAAUGUAGUAAUGAUGUCAUCAUCAAGAAAAUCAAGCAAGAGAUCCCAGAAGAUUACUACAUUGUGGCAAAUGCAGAGCUGACUGGAGGAGUGGAUGGACCAGCCCUUUCACUGACACAGAUGGCCAAACCCAAGCCCCAGACUCAUGCUGGUCCCUCCUGUAUAGGGUCUGCUAAACUGAUUCCCCAUGUAACAUCUGCCAUCAACACGGAAUUAGACCCACACAUUAUGUCAGCAUCCCCCUCCGUGAUCUCCAGACCCAUCAUCCCAAAGACUGCUAGAGUAUCUCUGGCUUCACCAAGCAGAGGACCCCCUGGUGCCCACGGCACUGCCCACCAGGUGGCCAUGCAGACGCCUGUGAGCACAUCACAUCCUAACAAACAGAUCAGUAUCCCUUUGUCUGCCCUGCAGCUGCCUGGACAGGAUGAGCAAAUUGCUUCGGAGGACUUCCUGCCCCAUUUGCCUAGCCAGGUCUCAUCUUGUGAGGUAGCCCUCUCUCCCUCUGUUAACACAGAGCCUGAAGUGAGCUCCAGCCAACAGCAGCCCCCUGUUGCUCCAACCAUAACCACUGAAGCCACUGCACAGUGCAUUCCAGCUUAUUCUACUAAGCUCAACAAAUUUCCUGUAUUUAAUAUUAAUGAUGACUUGAAUGGUCUGUGUACCAGUGCAGUGAGCCCAAACACCACCAAAGCCACGAGGUACGCCCUAAAUGUGUGGCGCUACUGGUGCAUGACCAACGGGCUCAAAGACCACACCGACAUCACCAAGAUCCCUGCAGUGAAGUUGAACGAGCUGCUUGAGAACUUUUAUGUUACUGUCAAGAAGAGUGACGGCUCAGACUUCCUGGCUACCUCACUUCACGCCAUUCGCCGCGGCCUGGACCGCAUCCUGAAGAACGCUGGUGUGGGCUUUUCCAUCACCAGCGGUACCUUCAGCUCCUCCACCAAGAAACUCAAGGAGAAACUGUGGGUCCUGAGUAAGGCAGGGAUGUCCGGUGCCCGUUCUCGAAAUAUUGUCUACUUCUCCCUUUCUGAUGAGGAGGAGAUGUGGCAGGCAGGGUGUCUAGGAGAUGACAGCCCAAUUACUCUCCUGUCCACAGUGGUCAAGUACAACAGCCAGUAUCUGAAUAUGCGGACACUGCAGGAGCAUGCAGAUCUGAUGUAUGGUGACAUCGAGUUGCUCAAAGAUCCACAAAACCAGCCCUACUUCGCCCGGACAGACAGUGUCAAGCGGGAGAGCCGGAGUGGUUCGACUAGAGUGUGUCAUGGGAAAAUCUACCAUGAGCACUCCAGGGGACACAAGCAGUGUCCUUACUGCCUCCUCUACAAGUACAUGUAUAUCCACCGACCACCCACCCAAAUGGAAGCCAAGUCCCCCUUCUACCUUACAGCACGGAAGGAGGCCACCGAUAUGGGCAGCGUGUGGUACGAAGAGCAGCGAAUGGGCUUACGCUCUCUCCGGGGAAUUGUCCCAAAUUUAGCCAGGAAGAUCAAGCUGGAAAACUGUGAGAACUUCACCUUCGUCUCCUUCACUCAGGUCUCCAGGCGACUCGGCUCCCAUAGCUGCUGCCAGUGAGCCCUCAGGGCCAGGUCACAGUCCUGCUUACUCAGUGGCCACAGCUGGGCCUCAGCAAGCAGGUUCUGAAGCCACAGAGGCUGAUGUCUUCGCUCCAUGAUCCAGCUGGCCUCUGUUACUACAGCCGGCCAUUCCUCAGACUUGAGAUUCACUUUUACAUAAAAGUAGAUGACUGGAUAAUUUGGAUGUUUUAUCUAAAUGUGAGACACCUUGUUAAAUCAACACAAUAGAAUAUAACACAUUAUAAAAUUACUAUAUACAAGAGUGAAGAAAUUCAUUUUAUCUAGUGCCUUUUUAGCACAGGUUUUCUUGGAAAAAAAAAAAAAGAAAAAGGAAAAAAAUGUUUGGAGUAGUUACUUAAAUAUCCCAGUAGCCCGGUAGCUUUAGAAUGGUAUAGAAUUAUAUAUGCUUUGUUGGGUUUUUGUUUGUUUGGUUUUUGUUUUGUUUUUCCCCCCACAUAGGGACCUAGAGCAGGAGAGGCAGACAUAGAGAAAGCUUGCCUUCAACACCCCGUGGGUACUCUGCCAGGGCAGCUGGCUGCUCACUGAGAUAAAAGAUGCGUUUGCUGUGCUGUCCAUAGAGGCAGUUUGGUGAAAGGAAGCUGAGCCUCUGAAAGGGUGCGUGGGAGACACUGCGUGCUGUGGAUUCGGUGUAUGCACCUCGAGGAGUUCUAGUUAGUGGAGGGUGGACUUGGAAAGCCCCCUGUGACCCAGAUGUGAAAACCUCCUGAAGCAGAAGUGCCUGUGUCUGUCGGUUCUCCUUUGAGAACAGUUGCUGUUUGAAUUUCCAUUUUGUUUGCUUUGUUCUUUAAUCUGCUUUUUACAUCUCAAAGUUGUGUUGGCAGGCGUCCCUGGACCUGUGAGCCAUGCUUGACUAGGAGAAUCAACAGAGUAAGCCACAAGGAAAACACUCCCUGGGCAUUGUAAGGACCCUGGGAAUCCUGUAAGCUGGCAGUAGUAGUAGGGACCCUGACUUAGGCAGCCUGCCUGGAAAGCAAGCCCAGCACAGGGACACAGUUACUGGAUCAGAGCGUCACGGGAGGGAGGUGAUUCCUGCAUUUAAAAAUCAUUUCACACUGAUAAAAGUCAACCUGACCAUGUGUUAUUUAAAAAGCAGACUUUUCUAGUAACUACUGUGAAUAUAUGUUUUUAAAAAGGAGCCCAAAGAGUGCUAAUUAAUAAUAGUAAUUUCUACUCUAUUUUCUAUUCCAGGAAAGACCUCUUUAAUUGUACCAUUAUGUUCUUGUGUGUGCUUUCUAAUCCAAAUUAAAAUUCCAAUGCACAUUCAUAUUGCACAAGUCUUUAAAUUAGUUAUGUCUCUUUCAAAGCAUUGUUUUAGUAUUUACUUAAAACCAGUUAAAGUCACUAGUCACUCAAGUAUGUGACUCUUUACCAGAGAAGACUCAGCCAAUGCUGCCUUAAGGUCUCAUGUUGUUCCCUUUCUAGUGACUACAUGUCUAGAGCUCUGUGUACUAGGUGGCUUUCCCCGGGUAGCAAUAAGUUUUAGUAUCUCACUCUGUGUGUAAAUAACAGGAUUUGAUAACCAGUGUUCUCACUUGAUCCCGUGUCUCGGUCUGUAGUGGUUUCCAAUUGUGAUUUUAGGUUUUGGUUGAGAAGAGAUAGGCAAGCCAGGUGGGGCGGCGCACACUGUCAAUCCCAGGACUUGGGAGGCUGAAUAGGUGGAUCUCUAUUAAGGCCAACCUGGUUUACAGAGCUAGUACCGGGACAGCCAGGGCUACACAGAGAAACCCUGAUGGGGGGGGGGGGGAGAAGAAGAGAGAGGCAUAAAACAUUAGUCUUCUUUGGUUUGCUAAACACCCAGAGGGUGUUUUGUUUGUGGCAAGCAGAAUCAUCUGUCAGUUCUGCAUGGAGGGUGGAGCUGACUUGUAUGGCCAAGCUGCACAGCUUGCAGCUUAAGUACGGACCCCUUCGAUUUCUUUUACAUAGCUUCAAAAUGGCGCCAUCAGGUGUGCCGGGAUCUUUUCAACGUUUCCAUAAGUAGCAAUAACAGUAGCAAUAACUGACCGGAGGCUGUUAAUCUUCCUCUUAUCUGUAACUUCUCAGCAUCUCCUAACCUCUCUGCCUCAGCUUGCUUGCCCAUCACCUCCUGGAUACACUGUAACUUCUCAGAAUUCAGAGGGGAACAAUUCUAAAAACUCAGGGGUCAGAUUUUCACUUACACCUGGCAGAAUUUGAACUCUUCUGAGUUAGAAGGAUCAUGGGAGUAAAGAACAGGUGUGCUUCAAGGACCGCCAUAUGCCGUGUACACCUUUGUACUUGUACAGACGUGUGCAUGUGAAACACGCUUUAAAUCAAUGUGUGUGUGGUCAAGCUGGGUGAACCCACUAGCAUGGCAAAGGAACUCUCUGCAUGGGUGGCCUUGCUUGGGAGGAAGCCAGAGAGCGUGUGGCUGAGGUUCAAAUGAAGCAGUCAUUCUGUCUUUCUAGUCAGCUCCAUACCAUCUCCACAGGAGAAGGGAGGCAGCAGCUACAGCUGUUCUCCACUCACCUCCAGGUUUCUGGGCUCCACAACUGGCGUGGUUAUCAAUGACUUGUCUGUUGGAUCUGGAUCUGGGGCAGCAGCUCAGUGGUAGAAUGCUUGCCUCGUAUGUGCAAGGGCUUGGGUUCAGCACUAAAGAAAGAAAGUCUUUCACUGGUUCACCUAGAUGCAAGUUGCCUCUGAGCCCUGCAUAAGGGAGGCAGCCAUCUGUGUUCUGAGAGGACCCCUAGAUCUUGGGGGAGAUCAUUCCACAACACCAUUUGUAUUGUUCUAACAGGAGCUGAGUUAGGCAUGGUGGCAUACACCUACAAUCUCAGCACUCAGGAAACUGAGGCAGGAGGCUGGCUAUGUGUUCAGGGCCAGCCUGGGAUACAGAGUGAGUCUGUCCCAAAAAACUUAACCUUCAUUAAUUAGAGUUCUAGAGAUGCUCAACCUUUCAGAGCACUGGCUGCUCUUCAGAGGACUUGUGUUCAGUUCUAGACACCCACAUGGCAGUUCACAGACUGUGUCUGACACCCGAUUCUGGCCCCUCCAGGCACCAGGCACGAACAUAGAGCACGGGCAUACAUGCAGGUACAACACCCACACCAAACCAUAAAUAAAAGAAUUGUAGCUGCUGCCUACCUAGAGCCUACAAGCCUCUCUCUGGUAACAGUCUGCCAGGUAAUAGGUUAUCAUCCUGGUGCAGGAGAUCCCACUGGACAUGAAGAGGUUAUCUGCACAGGAAGCUGUAUUUUGGGCAUGCAGUGAACUAACUUACUUACUUUCUUUCUUUCUUUCUUCCUUUCUUUCUCUCUCUCUCUUUCUUUCUUUUCUUUCUGCUCUUUCUUUUUAAUUAAAAAUGUUAGUAACACGUUUUACUCAUUUCCUCCGUUGCUGAGAUUCUGUUCCUUGUAUUUCUAAACUUGGAGAGGAGACCAAACCUGUAGUGUGGUGCAGUGAGCACACCCGUGCCUGUGACUUCUACCUCCAGCACAGCCAAGCCUGAUACCUCACACACACGAAAAAGCGAGAAGGAAGACCAGAGGGGUCUUCAGGGGCUAAAGUUUUUCCAUUGUUUUCUGUAUUUUAAAACAAUACUGUAUCUAACCAAAGCUGUGAAAGGAAUGUUCUCUUUGGCCAAGUGGCAUGGUCCCCUUUCCCUGGAUUUUAUUCUACUUUGUCAGCUCAGACCCAUAAAUGUUGUUUGAAAAAGAAAAUGUGAAAUUCUACUACUUUUUAUACUAAUUCAGUCUUAUUAAAAGCAUUGAGUAUUUCAGCAUGGUCAUAGACAUGCUCGUUAAGAUCUGAACAAGAUGGUAUUUAUGCGGAAAUUGAAAUGUCCUGGCAGAUCCUAGGCGCUCCUUCACAGCUCACGCGACUCUGCUGUGGUAUCACUGGGCCAGCUCAUGGCCAGGGCUCACACAAGUCAUAUGCUAGGCUAGAAUUUCUCCGUAUACUAGCAUGCCUUUCUGAAAAUAAAUUUUUUUCCUAAUUUUCAAGUUUCAGAGUUUCUAUAGUUAAUUUGUCAUCUCUAGACAACAAUGCCAUUUUUGUCUGUUGAAACUAACAGUGGCCAUAUUGUUACCACCCAAGUGAACCAAAUGGUUACAUCUCAUGCUUUCGGGUGGCUGUCACUUACUGCUUUUAUAAGACAAUCGCUCUUCUAAAAAGAAGGGGAGCUUACUUUAUGCAUGGGUAAAUAUGAGUGAGAAGACCCCAAGGAAGCUGGCCGCUUUGCCCUGGACAAGCCCUGCUGCAGUCUGAGCACAGCCUGUUGUGGCGCUGUUAACAGAGAGCUGUGAGCGCAGCCUAGUGAAAAUUUCAAACCCGUGUCCAGUUUAAGUAAUUUCACUUCUAAACAAAAGUUAAGUCUUUGUCAAAAGAGAAACAUUGUGUUACUUAAGCCUUGUUCCUGAGAUGUCUCUUGUGCUUGUCUACGUGAAUGAGUGGAUUUAAGCUAACCGUGGUCAUGCACACCUCGAAUCUCAGAGCCUGGGAGCUGAGGUGGGGGAUUGCAAGUUCAAGGCUAGUGAAGCCUAAUGGUGGGGCACAGCUGCCCCUCCUUGCGGAGAGGCCAGGAGGAGGUUGAGGACUAUCCUGGGAAAUCCCGACCAGGAUGUCAGCCACGUUUGACUGUUACCCACAGUAGUUUGAGCAGGUCCGGCUCUGUGCCCACCGUCCAGGAGAUUUUCCUCUGUCGCUCUGCACAGUCAUGUUGUUCAUUUCACUCAAGGUCCUCAUUGCUUAUCUGGUGCAGCUGGUAUGGAAAUUAACCAUUUCAGGAAAUACUUAGGACCACUCCAACCCCAAAGAAAGAGUGUCUAAUGUGUUGGUAAGUACACAGUAGCCCCAUCACUACUCAUACAGACUACAUAGCUUCCUCCUCCCCCACAGAAAUGGAAUAGCUCCUAAGCCUCAGGGGCUACUCCUAUAUCCACCCAGUUUUCAAAUGAAGACCCCAGUCAGACCUCCACUGGGAAGGAUGCCCCCGAGCUGCCGCCCCCUCUCUUAACAUUCACAACCGCUCUGCAGAGUGCAUCUAAUUAUACCCAUGUAGUUGUUAAGCAACCAAGACUCAGAUAAGUUACUCUAACUUCCAUGUUCUCAUAGAGCUGGAAAAAGUUAACCAACGUCACAUCUUGAUUCCAAAUCUAAUACUCACCAAGAAAUCAAAAACCUCCCUCCUUCAGGCCUACUGAAGUCCAUUUAACUUUGUAAAAGUUCAUUUUGGAACUUUUAGCCAGGCAUGGUGGCACACACCUGCGAUCCCAGCAGUUGGGAGCGGGAGGCAGGAGGAUCAGGUGUUUGUCCAUCCUUGGCUACAUAAGCUAGCUUUGGCUACUUGAGAUUCUGUCUGAAGAGAUCAGUUAAGAACUAACCAGCCAUGGGGCACAUUGCAGAAUCAGGCCUGGGAAACUAGAUGACUUGUUCCUCCAGAGUAUAGCUGGGGAGGUUGGGACUUAAACAUUAAUAGCACACUUAUCUGGCUGUGAAAAAAAAAUUGUGAAUACUGCUUGAUGCCUGUGCCCACCCCAAGAUGGCUCCUCACGCAGAAUAAGGCCCCCAAGCCAGAGGUGCUGAGUAGCCCCUCUAACUGAUGCUACACCAUGAAGGGAGGAGUCUAGAGCUCACCUUCCCUUUGCCAAUACACAACCUCAUCUAUCUCCCUGACUGACUAGAAAGCAGAGGGGACAUACAGACGCUAGUGCUCUAGAAUAAACAGUCAAUGACUGGGUAGCAGGAAGGCAUAUUUUUAUGACUUCUUGUUCAUUGUUGGUUUAGAGAUCCAGAACACCAGGCAGUAGAAGAGUUCAGCAGUAAAGCACCCCAAGACUUCAUGUAGUCACUGGCUUGAACUUACACGGUCCUCCUGCCUCAGGUUCCAUGUCUGACCGAGAGCAUUCUUGUAUAAUUGUAAGAGCAUAAUCUGUUUCUAUGUAAUGCUAAGUUAUCUUACACGGUUAGGGGAGAAAGGCAGCAGAAUGGGAUGGAAACAAAUGGAUCAGAAAGAAGGACUCUUAAGGAAAGUUAAAACGGGGAUGGAGAUGGCUCAGUGGUUAAGAACAGUGACUGCUCUUCCAGAGGUCCUGAGUUCAAAUCCCAGCAACCAGAGGAUGGCUCACAACCAUCUGUAAUGGGAUCUGAUGCCCUCUUCUGGUGUCUGAAGACAGCGACACUGUACUUAUAUAGAAUAAAUAAAUCUUUAAAUAAAAAACAGAAAGUUAAAGCAGGAGUAGGUUGAAACCUAUAUGGGAAGAAAACAAUACUGAGCCUUAAAAGCAGCAAUUAAUGUGAGGGACAAAUGAGCUUUUUCUGCAUAGAAAGUUUUUGAUGAAGAUAAAGCUUGAAUUUGCUUUUCAUGGAAAGACUACAGAGAAACAAGAACUUACCUGACCAAGUCUGUGUUUAUAACGCAUCAAUGAAGGCAGGAAGCCAUCUCUACGGAAACGAGCGUCUGGCUUCCACUCCUCUGCAGCACCAAGUGCUGAGAAACAGCAUUUUAAAGAGAAAGGUUUGCCUUUGGAGUUUUAUAUGUUCAUAUCUAAAAUAUUUGUUAUGAUAAAGUCCAGCUACCCUGCAGCUCACAAAACCUCAUCUAAAAUAAAUAAGUCUCUAAUUUCAGUGUCUGCGGAGUGAUAAACAUUGGGUCAUUGUCCACUAGAGGAGAGACAGGGUAGAAGUCGUACAUCUGAAAAUGCCCAGAGUCCUCUCCUGAAUGUGCUGUUGUGUCUGAAAGUAAAUUCAGUGCUGCAUUGCUGAAUUUUAUUACUGAAUAACUCAUGGCACUUAGAAAUAGAAAACUCGGGGUUGGGGAUUUAGCUCAGUGGUAGAGCGCUUGCCUAGCAAGCUCAAGGCCCUGGGUUCGGUCCCCAGCUCCGAAAAAAAGAAAAGAAAAAAAAAAAAAAAGAAGUAGAAAACUCAGAUACAACUUUUCAAGUAAAAUCUAUUUUAGACUUUUCCUACCAACAAUUAAAACACUCUCGUGGAAAAGACCAUAGUUUUCAAGCGGCCAAAGCCAGGGAUUCUCCCCCACCCACUCUGUCCUGGAGUCACAGAACCUGAGCUGGGCCUGCUCACUGUGUCCUGUGUACUGCUGUGUCCUGUGUGCUGCUCUGCUCUCCCCCAAAUCAGCAACAACAGGUACAGCAUUUGACGGUUACCGAAUGGGUAUAUGUCCCUUUUAAAACUAAAUACAUGGGAGCUGGAGAGAUGGCCCAGGGGUGAAAAGCACUGACUGCUCUUGCAGGGGAUGUGGGUUCAAUUCCCAAUACCCACAUAGGAGCUCACAACUGUCUGUGACUUCAGUUCCAGGACAUCUGAUGCCCUCUUCUGGCCUCCACAUGGUGCCAGGCAUGCACACGGUGCACAGCUAUUUCCUGCACACAAACAUCUGUAAAAUAAAUUCUUAAAAAGCUGGAUCAGGAGGAAUGGAAUGUUCUAGAGUGGAAACGUAAGUUGGAUUUUAAUCGCAGGAAGCUGGCCAGGGUGGUGGUGCUUUCCUAAAUACCUGAAAUUCUAGACGUCUGUCUGAGUUCAAGUAUUGUGAAGGUGUGGGUGUAGCUCAGCGGUAGAGCACCGGCCCUAGGGUUUUUUUUUUUGUUUUUUGGUUUUUUUUUUUUUUUUGUUAUGUUUGUUUGUUUUGUUUGAUACAGGGUUUCACUUUGUAGUCUUGGAUGACCCAGAACUAAUGUAGACCAGGCUGGUUUCGAACUCAUAGACAUUCACCUACCUGACUCCUCCAGGUGCUGGGACUAAGUGCAUGUGCCACCAUGCCCAGCCAGGCCCUAGUUUUGACACCCAGCUUGGAGUGGCAGCAGGGAGCACAGUAGGAACAGAAACAUGGAAGACACAUUCCUUCUGGAACCCAAGUGUUAGUGUUGGCGGUAAAGCUGGGUUUUCUUGUUUUCAUUUGCUUGCCCUGGGCAGACUUGAGAACAAGAGUGAGGGUGCCCUCAGCCUCCUCACUCAGCCCCCACAGCAGUGUGUGCUCCUAGCUGUCUGGCCAGGUUAAGCUCUCAACUAGAGUUUCAGUGACCUCAGAUGUUUCCUUUAACUUAGCAACACAGGAGUUCUCAGAUCACUUUGUGUUUGAAUGAAUCUGGAGUACUACAAACCCUCUCCUCAGAGACCUACAAUCCCUUCCGGGUGGAGACCAGGUCUUCUCUUGCUUAGCUGUGAUUGACAAGUCUGACUUUACCACUUACAUAAGUAAUCUGCUGUCUUAAAGUUUUAGUGUUUUCUAUGUGACAGUUCCUUCUUUUGUCCCCCCCCCCUUUUUUUGUAACAAAACUGUGUUUGCAACGUUUUUUAUUCUCCUGGGUGUUUUUAAACACACUAGAAAGGUCUUUCUGGCUACUGUUCAUUCACUAGUCUGAUUUUAUUGUACCCUUUCCAACUGUUCCUCCCCUGGUGGCCACAUCUGGGAACACAGGGAUGUGCACCGGAGCCCGGGAGCUGCGGGCUCUGCAGCUGUCUGGUGUCUGCCUUGGAAGGUGUUCUUACCCUCUGGUCUAGUAGAAUCUCUUACUAAUUUGGAAUGUUCAGGCUUUGUUUGUUUGUUUGUUUGUUUGUUUGUUUGUUUGUGCUUUAAGAUGUUGGUUGGUUUUAUUCUUGGAUAUGCAGCUUUACUCUUUAACCCAGAUUUUAAAAAUAAUAAAAAAUAAUAAUGUA